AGAACGGGUGUGGGCAGUGUGAGAUGGAAGCUGUGGGACAUGAUAUCUUUGAUAGAUUCCCCCUGCAUUGGCUGGUGUGGAAUGACGAGCACGCAAAACUUGAAGCCGAGCUUCAGAAAAUCGACGUGGACCGCGAGCGGCGCGACCCGCGCGGCCGCACGCCGCUGAUGCUGGCCGUCACGCUGGGCCGCACCGAGGCGGCGCGCGUCCUGCUGCGCCACAACUGCAACGUCAACGCCGACAACGGCGGUGGCUGGUCCGUGUCGCAGGAGGCCGUCGCCACCGGAGACCCGGAGCUGGCGGAGCUGGUGCUGCGCGAGCGGGACGUGCAGCGCUACAGCAGCCGCGCCACCGCGCUGCCCGCCCUGCUGCAGCGGCUCACCGAGGCGCCCGACUUCUACGUGGAGAUGAAGUGGGAGUUCGCCAGCUGGGUGCCUCUCGUGUCCCGCCUGUGCCCGCACGACACGUACAAGGUGUACAAGCUGGGCUCGCGCGUCCGCAUCGACACCACCUUGCUGGGCUUCGACGACACCAACUGGCAGCGCGGCAACAAGAGCUACAUCUUCAAGGGCCAGAGUGACCGGGUGGUGGUGACGGAGGUGGACCACGAGGAGCGGGUGGUGUUCUCGGAGGAGGUGCAGCUGGCCAGCGACGAGGUGCUGGCCAGCGCCGUCGGGCCCGACCCGGCCGCCGUCGCCGCCCGCCUUACCUCGCCCAUCGUCACCACCUACAUCGACACGGAGAAGAUCAACUUCGAGCGGAACAAGUCCGGCAUCUGGGGCUGGCGGUCCGACCGCCUGGAGGAGGUCAACGGACGGGAGUGCAAGGUCUUCUCAGCCAGCAACGUGGAACUGGUCACCAAAACCCGCACCGAACAUCUCACGGAACAGGACCGAGAGCAGACCCGCGCCUUCGUCAAGAACCCGCUGCACUCCAUCCUGGGCGUGGCCGAGGUCGAGGAGUGUCGGACCACGCCCUCGCCGGACGUCGUCACGCCGGAGGUGAGCGAGUCGAGCACGAACCCGUGCCACAUCGCGGCCGAGGAGUACUUCGACCCGGCCUGCGACCUGGGCGAGCGCGACAUCGGCCGGCCGCGCCACACCGCCACCAAGACGCAGAGGCUCAAGGCGACGCUAUGGCUAUGCGAGGAAUAUCCGCUGAGCCUACAAGAGCAAGUGAUGCCCAUAGUGGACCUGAUGUCUAUACAUUCCACACAUUUUGCCAAACUAAAGGAGUUUAUUCAGAUGCAGCUCCCUUCAGGAUUCCCCGUCAAAAUAGAGAUCCCGCUCUUUCACGUGCUGACGGCGCGGAUCACGUUCGGCAACAUCUUCGCCGUGGACGAGCCGGUGCAGCACGUGUCCGUGAUCGAGGAGCCCGGCCGGCCGGCGUGCGUGGUGGACGAGGCCGUGUUCGAGCCGCCAGCGGGCUAUCGCAGCGUCGGCUCGGGGGUGAUGCGCCACUUCGGGGGUCCGGACGAGGAGGACGAGCUGCUGCAGAUGGCCAUCCAGCAGAGCCUGCUCGACUCCGGCACCGAGAACGAACGGGUGGACAUCUGGGAGGCGCUGCGGGCCGAGUCGUGCACGCCGCGCGGACACGCGGCGCCGGACCUGGACGAGCAGAUGCUACAGAGGUACCGCUCGCCCUCGCUCUCUCGGCUCACGCCGGAGCCAGAGGACGCCGACAUGGCGGCCGCGCUCGAGCUGUCGCGGCGGGAGGACGCGGCUGCCGACCGGCAGCGGCGCGAGGAGGAGGAGAUGGUGCGGCGUGCCAUCGAGCUCUCCCUGCUGGAACAGUGACCGUACAGCUGGAGCAGUGACCGGAUAGCUGGCACAGUGACCGGACAGCUGGAGCAGUGAUCGGACAGCUGUAACAGUGACCAGACAGCUGGAGCAGUAGCUGGACAGCUGGAGCGGUGACUGUACAGCUGUAACAGUGACCGGACACCUGUAACAGUGACCGGGCAGCUGUCGCAGUGACUGGGCAGCUGAAGCGGUGACCGGCCACCUGGAGCAGUGACCGGCCAGCUGUAACAGUGACCAGACAGCUGGAGCAGUGACGGCGGUAGCCCGAGCAGGAGCGCGACCGGACCGAGUCUUUCCCGACUGGAGGUGCGGUCAGUGACCGGCGGCGUCUGUCCCAGGCGGAGCAGCGUUCAGCCCCUCCGCUGGAGCAGUGAUCUACAGAUGGCGGUCAGCGCUGGAGAGCGACACAUGGCUGCCUGCGCUGUCGGACAGUGCGCACGGCAGAACACGGAGGGAGCGGAGGCCGGCUGAGAGUGGCGGCCGCUGUCUGGACGCGGUGCGCGCUGCCCGUCCCUGGUCACGGGCGCGACCCGGCGUCGCCCGUCCUGCCCCCGUGCCGCCCUGACCAGCCGGAGGUGUCGCGGACGGCGCGCUUCGUCCGGAUAGCCGGCGGCGACAGCCGGCUGAGCGCCGGUCACGUGGCCGCCCGCGCGGCUGGGAGGACAGAUGCCGGUGCCCUGAGCUCGCGGCGAGAUCGCUUUAAACUGAGGAGGGUUUUGCUCAAUGGCGAGUUUCCUGCAGAACCUGAUGGUGCUUAUAUUCGCUAUUUAUUCGCAUAUUCAUACCAAAGCCAGUGUCGUAGUUUCGUGAGUGUUUGUACCGACAAGACCCGCUGCUGUUGGGUGUGGGAGCUGGAUGUCCUCGAAACGAUACGAAGCGUUACUAACCUGCGCCCGCGCUCGUUUAGAUAUGAAUGGCCGCGCCUGACGCCCUCGAUAUAACUGAAUGGCUAUCGACAAGUUCGGCCCGUCAUCUUAGUGAUAUGUACCACGCUAGCUGACGUGCUCCCAGAGUGCGCGCUUAAACCGUGAGCGCGUGAGUUUGAACUCCCUGCAAGAUGUGGCUUCCUGUGCGGUUGAGCUGCUGUGUGUCGAGGUAUGUCGGGUGGAACUCGUACUUUACAGCAAGCGCAUACAUGCGGUGGCGCCUACCUGUGGAUGGCUUUGACUAACCGGUACCAGGGUACAGAGCUAUAAAGUUCGGCGCUGCUCAG